CGUCUCUUCCUCUUGCGGUCCUUCUUCCUCAUAGAUAAGAUAGCAGACGCUUAUCUCUUCUUUCUUUGUCGUCGCCGGGCAAAUUCUGCACAAGAUCGAGCACGACUCAUUCUGUUGCUCGAUGCUCGAUUCCUUGUCCGUUCUUUGUAGUACUGGUUGCUAGUAGAGCGAUUGCUGUGGACAUGACACGGAUCGAAUUCGCAUAAUUAAUUUUCAAAUGUGUUUUGCUCAGUAUCUUCCGGACUCAUGAACUGGAGUCUUGACAUCUCUUCUCCUUUUGGCAUCUGCAGCAGAUCAGAGAGGGCGAGCCGCAGAAACUAAUGGCGUCCAACUUCGUCGACACUACCGGCGAGGAGGGUACCUUCCGCAGCACGACCCCCACGGGAGCCGCGGCGUCCUCCCCGCGCGUGAUGCGCCGGAGCUUCUCAUCCGCGUCCUCGGGCAGCCACGGCGGCGGCGCGGGCAGGUGUGUCUGCGCGCCAGCGACGCACGCAGGAUCGUUCAAGUGUCGCUUUCACCGCACCAACUCCCAGGGCCACGGGCACCCCAACCCUUCCCCUCCGGUCUCUCCGGCCGGGGCCUCCGCCGCGUCCCCGCCGGAAUCGUCCCCCACCUCCUCGCAGUGACGCACCCCACUGGACUAUCGUCAGACCAAGAAAUCAAGAAGACAAAAGGAGAUGGGAAGCAAGAACAUCGUAGUAUUAUAUCAUCAGAAGGGAGUUUAUUUUUACUAUUUCCCUUGUUGUGAUCUCCAUGCUAUUGGACUUCUUUUUCUUCUCUUUUUGAUGUGUUGGAUUGGAACUCUCUAUCUAUCUAUGAUGGCAUGCCUUCUUGCUUUGCGC